AUGCCUACAUUUUUCAAGGGAGAGGAAAUCCGAAGGAAACGUGAGGGUUUAGCACGGUGGUCACUAGUCAAAUGGAGCAUUAAUGGCCGGGUAGUCGCACUUUUUUCUCGGCUACACUUGAGUUGAAGCCCGUGGGUUGGAAUACGGGCGUGGUGGCCGACAAGUGAAGGUUGGCACGGGACCCGGGAGAAGGGUGGGGGGGAUACCAGGGGGAUACUACCCGGGCGAUAAGGCGACCGUCGCUUUUGGCCCAACAUGUCGAUCCAGUACGAGGUGGAGCAGCUGGCCGGCAGCUACGGGGUGGCAGACUCAUUCCCCAAAGACUUCGGCUACGGGGAAGAGGAAGAGGCGGACAUCGAGGACAGCCCGGCGCUGUCCGACAGCAAGCCGAGGAUCCUGCUCAUGGGUCUGAGGCGAAGUGGCAAGUCAUCGAUACAGAAGGUGGUGUUCCACAAAAUGUCGCCCAACGAGACCUUGUUUCUGGAGAGCACCAACAAGAUAUACAAGGACGACAUCUCCAGCAGCUCCUUUGUCAACUUCCAGAUCUGGGACUUCCCGGGCCAGGUGGACUUCUUUGACCCCACCUUCGACUACGAAAUGAUCUUCAGGGGAACCGGAGCCCUCAUAUUUGUCAUCGACGCUCAGGACGACUACGUGGAAGCCCUGGGGCGACUCCACCUGACUGUGUCGCGGGCGUACCGGGUCAACCCAGACAUCAACUUCGAAGUGUUUAUUCACAAAGUAGACGGGCUCUCUGACGACCACAAAAUCGAGACCCAGCGGGACAUCCACCAGAGGGCCAACGACGAUCUGGCCGACGCCAGCCUGGAGAAGCUCCAUCUCAGCUUUUACUUGACGAGCAUCUACGACCAUUCUAUCUUCGAGGCCUUCAGCAAGGUGGUGCAGAAGCUCAUCCCACAACUGCCCACGCUGGAGAACCUGCUGAACAUCUUCAUUUCUAAUUCAGGGAUCGAGAAAGCCUUCCUUUUCGACGUGGUGAGCAAGAUCUACAUCGCCACCGACAGUUCCCCUGUGGACAUGCAGUCGUACGAGCUGUGCUGUGACAUGAUCGACGUGGUCAUCGAUGUUUCCUGCAUCUACGGUCUGAGGGAGGAUGGCAGCGGCAGUGCCUACGACAAGGAGUCCAUGGCCAUCAUCAAGCUCAACAACACCACCGUGCUCUACCUGAAGGAGGUCACCAAGUUCUUGGCGCUUGUAUGCAUCCUGAGAGAAGAAAGCUUCGAGCGAAAAGGCUUGAUCGACUACAACUUCCACUGUUUCCGAAAGGCCAUCCACGAAGUGUUCGAGGUGGGCAUGUCGGCACAACGCCCACUCGGGACACUGCCCUUGGGCUUGUCGGCGUGCAGCAAGGCCGUGGCGCUUAACGGCACGCCGCGCAACACCGUCUAAGACUCUUUACGAACGGAAAAGACGUUAAGGACCAGCCAAAAAAGCGGCCAAAGGAAGAGGUGAACGCUACACGUUCAGCCCUAAAAUGGCUGCCUGCAGCAGGGGAAGGGCUCUUUCUUUAGCUUUUCAAGACGACCGAUGGGAGGGACCAAUGGUCGCCACCUUGGCAGGAUUGUGACACACCCACUAGACCACUUGUAAAAAUAAAUAAAUAAUGACGGUAAGGCGUGCAGGAAAUAUGGCUUCACCAAUGCAGCAUGAGCACCUGGCACCUCACACGCAAUGCUGCGCGGACGUCACUUCCUCUGAUUGCACGUCACUUCCUGUGAUUGCACGUGUCAACGGAGCGCACUCGAAAGGGAUUGUAUGUCUGUUUGUGUGUGCGUGGGUGUGAAUGCACUUAUGAAUGUGUGUUGGGUUGAGCUGUUGAGACUUUGUGUGUUCUUCUCAAUAAAGACAACUAAUUAAACUAUCUGAA